AUGUGGUCCAGAGAAAUAUUCCGUUGCUUUGUGAUUCUCAUCGCCGCUGAGGCCCAGCUUGGUUUUGCCGGCCCCGCAGGCUAUGUUACACUUAUUAACGCAACCCCUUAUGACUGGAAGCUGACCUCCAUACGCCAAUAUCAAAUGGAAUAUGGGUUUCCAAGUAUCAUUACUGCAGGAACUUGCCAUGAGCAGUAUAUCGAGUUCAGAAAAGACGUCCCGGGUGACGUUGCAGAGGCCGUCUAUUCUCUCGUCAAUGCUCCCAGUAUUGCUUCUUUCAGCAUUCAAGCUAGACAUCAAGGUCAUGGGCAGGUCGUAGUCCAAUACCGCGACACCUUGUCGUCCCUCAACAAUCCAGUAGGAUCCAGGAUCGACCUUGGCUUCGAACCAAAUGGCGUAUCAUUAUUUGUUCUCUCCGGGUCAGGAAUCGGCUCCCCAUUUGUCUCUAGCAAUCCCCCGACGGACUGGAUGCAACAAACCUUCGCAUUCAUCGGUUCGAAGAGCUUGAGAGAGAUUGCCUUACCUGCUAGUCAUAAUGCUGGCAUGAGCCGACUCACCGGUUACUAUGGCGGAAUUGAGCACAACACCCUCACUCAGUCUGUGGGUAUCUACCGGCAAGCUGAGAAUGGCGCUCGCCAUUUCGACAUCCGCGCUGUCUAUCGCCAUGGAAAAUUUUACACCGGUCACUUCUCUAAGUUCCUUGGCAGUAACGUUGGCGGAACUGGGGUGAAUAUCGUCGACAUUGUACAUGACCUCAACCGCUUCACCAGCGUCUUUCCCGGAGAACUUAUCAUCUUGGAUAUCAGUCACGACAUGAACAUGGAUAGAAAUUCUCGACACUUUACUCCAUUGGAAUGGCACAGGCUCUAUCAAGUCUUAGACGGACUGGUGGAUCUAUGGGUGCCUCCGUCUCCCAACCUGCCGGACGACUUAUCAACUCUCCCGCUUUCAUUCUUUAUUACACCCGGCUCAAGAUCUGCCAUUAUCAUCCGGCUCCCUGAUCGGGCACCCCUACCUCUGCCACAGCAAGAAUUCGCUGCACCUAGUGUUCAACCAUGGGGGAUAAGCAGCGACGAGGGCGAUGAAUUAUCAUUCAAGGGAGAGCCACCGACCUUUAUCCCAAGAAUCCUGCACCACACAGCCUUCAUUCACGAAUACGACCUACCCAUAACAGGCUCCUACUCCAACACCGAGAAGCCGGAUUAUCUAUCCAAUGACCAAAUCCGCAAGCUGAACCAGCUUCGCCCCUCGCCCCAGGACCCCAUAUUCAUGAGCGUUUGGACUCUCACUGAACGCUGGCUACACAUGUUAAACGUCGCCAACCCCGCGCACUCGAUCAUCGGCGGCGCAGCUGCUGCUCAGCGGGCCCUAUUCCGAAACCUCUGGCACGCGCUAUCCAAGACCACCUACCCAAACCUAAUCCAAGUCGAUGACAUCCACGACAAACAAGUAUUAGCACUGGCUAUAGCCAUCAACAACCACUUCGCCAACCCCAUCACAUCACCUCCAGCCCGCCGCGAUACAAUUCCCGGCCCUGACGCCAAGCCGGCUGCGCAGAAAUGCUCCUGGUUCGACGCGUGGGCGCACUGGUGGAACUUCUACCCCGCGGACGAAUGCCACGAUCCCCGAAUCUUCAGGAACAUGGCCAAGAAUGCUCAAGAGCUCGCUAAACAAUGGGCGGCGAAAGCGAGGGCGGAUGAGGAGGCGAGGAUGAGAAAACAGGCGGCUCAGAAGGCUGUAAAGAAGAAGAAGACUUUUUCUGCCAACGGAACGCGGAAAGCUCCCGCGAACUGUCUUGCUGGGAACGUCAGAAAUACCACGGCACGGCUGCGGGCUAGAGCGGGUUGUGUCCAGUUUGAUUGAUGGGCUUUGAUACUGUGUUACUAGCAGUGGCUUUUAUAACUGGGACGGGUGUUAUGUACCUCUUGGGCUGAACUGGAUUGGAGUUUUUUAUAGCCGCUGUACGGUAUUACAUAUCUCAUGGUGUUGAUAUUGGAAUGUAUAUAUUUAGUCUUAAAAAAGGAACAGGGGGUGGGGGGGAUGUCUGUGUCCAUUUAUAUUACUAUGUAGAGGUCUGCGACGGAGAUGCUUGAGGAAAGAUCUGGAUUUGCUUAGUACCAUGGCAUCGCGCUCUCUAUCGGACUUAGCUGGACAACUAAAAAUUGGUUUCCGUACAGUAUCCUAAGGAGAGAGACGGCGUGAGGGCCAAGGAAGAAGG